AUAUCAGUUCCAUAGCAGUUUCAUAGCAUAGUUUGUCAGCAGUCCGAAAUGACACGCGUCUUCUUUCUCCUGCUGGUCCUUGUGGCUGUGUCGUCUGCCUCUGCCAAGAGCUCCAAGAAAGGAGGAGGAGGAGUAGGAUUCAGACUCAUCCCGGUUGCAUUACCUCAACAGCCGUACUACCACCAGCCACCAGUCCAGAGACCUCUGAAAGUCAUCUAUAAACAAGCCCCUUCAGGGUAUGGUAGCUAUGGUGGUGGCAGUGGGUAUGGCGCCCCUGGAGGGGGUGGUCUCCACUCUGGAGGGCACCAUGGUGGAUUUGGAAGCGGAUUUGGAAGUGGGUAUGGUGGCAGUGGAGCCGUAGGGGGUCACCAUGGUGGAUUUGGAGGCGGAUUAGGAGGUGGGCAUGGUGGCAGUGGAUUUAAAGGGGGUCACCAUGGCGGAUUUGGAGGUGGUUUGGGUCACAAGGGAGCCGUAGGGGGUCACCAUGGUGGAUUUGGAGGCGGAUUUGGAGGUGGGUAUGGUGGCAGUGGAUUCAAAGGGGGUCACCAUGGUGGAUUUGGAGGUGGUUUGGGUCACAAGGGAGCCGUAGGGGGUCACCAUGGUGGAUUUGGAGGCGGAUUUGGAGGUGGGUAUGGUGGCAGUGGACCCAUAGGGGGUCACCAAGGUGGAUUUGGAGGUGGGUAUGGUGGCAGUGGACCCAUAGGGGGUCACCAAGGUUUUGGAAGCGGGUCUGGAAGUGGAUAUGGUCACAGUGGAGCAGUAGGUGGUCACCAAGGUGGAUUUGGAGGCGGGUUUGGAGGUGGUCAUAGUAGCUAUGGUCGUUAAGAGUUAUUUCAACCUCGAGGAAUGGAUAAUUUCUUCCAGCUGAGUUGGCCAGACUUGCCAAGAGCCCUGGUUGUAGUUUCCAGCUUCCAGGGCUCUUGGAAUCAAAGCAUUUUCCAGAAUUCAACUUCAAGGAAUGGAUAGUUUCUUCCAGCUGAGUUGGCCAGACUUGCCAAGAGUCCUGGUUAGAGUUUCCCAGCUUCCAUGGCUUUUGGAAUCAAAGCAUUUUCCAGAACUUCAACGUAGAGGACUGGAAAGGUUCUUCCAGCUGAGUUGGCAAGACUUGCCAAGAGCCCUGGUUGGAGUUUCCAGCUUCCAGGACUCUUGGAAUCAAAGCAUCUUCCAGAAAUUGGAGGGCUCUUGGAUUCCGAGAUAGAAUCUGCCAUGACUUCAAGAGCUUUUAGUGAUGAAAGCAUAUGCUGUACUACAUGUUUGUUGAAUGAAUAAAGAUGUUUUUAAUUAUAAUCACAAGAACAUGACUUCCAAAGAACAGAGGAGAUAAAACACCAAAAAUAAGCAAGCACACUUGUGUGUGGAAAGUCUUUUUGCUUGCUUGAUUUUGUAACAGUUAUAACUUCUGUAACAAAUUUGUAAGUUAUCUUAAGAUAUUCUGUUAUGUAAAUAAUCUGUACAUAGUGCCUAUGAAUAAUUUUAAAAGCUCU